GCCAUCUGCCGGAGUCUAGCAAAUAGCAACUGUGGAGUAAAAAGAAAAUCGCCACUUCAAAACUUGCAUCUCGUUUCCCGAAGUAUACAUCAUCCCUACUAUCCAAGCUCAAAAUUUCCAAGACCUCCACUAAGGAUACCUGUUCAGCUGUUCUCUUCACUUAAUCGUCUUCCCAUAAGGAAAACAAAACUUUUGUAUGUGAAGUAUGGAUUCCAGUCGCACAGGAACUUUUGGCUAGCGAGACUAGCUUCGAGGCUUCUCAAACUCCGCUAUAUUGUGUUAGGAUCUGCUGUAGGUGGUGGUUAUACAGCUAAGAAGACAUACGAUCAGUGGAAGGACAUGAUGCCUGAUCUCGAUGAAUAUAAGUGGAUUGUUCCUGACUUCAUCUGGGAGCUUGAUGAACAUAUUGACCUCGAUAAAUUUAUCAAAGCCCUUCCUGAUGCAGAUGACCUUGCCAAACUUAUGCCUGAUUUUGAGAAGAUUGGAGAAAGCUUCACGUCACUGAAGGGAUUUUUUUCUCCUGGUUACAAUUUGGUUAGUGAAGUCAUAGGAGCUUCUGAUCUGCUUCUGUUGUUAGGCUCUUCAGGAGAAACAGCAUUCAGAGCUACAGACCAGGGAUAUGAAAACGACAAACAGUAUAAGAAGGGCCUGCUUGGCGAACUCAUUCUGUUACAACAACAAAUCCAGCAACACGAAGAAGAAGCACGCAGAGCUGCUGGCCAAUAUAACACGGGCUCUUCCCAGCAGAAGCGAAAGGUUUCUGACAAAGAAAAGAUCGACCAACUUCAAGAAGAACUUUUGCGCACUCAGCUCAAAUACCAACGAAUGCUGGAGCGACUGGAGAAGGAGAACAAAGAAUUAAGAAAAUUGGUACUGCAAAGAGAUGACAAGGGAAUUCAUCAGAGGAAGUUAAAGAAAUCCUUGAUUGAUAUGUAUUCUGAAGUGCUUGACAUCUUGUCUGAUUAUGAUGCCAGCUAUAACACUCAAGAUCAUCUACCUCGAGUGGUAGUUGUUGGAGAUCAAAGUGCAGGAAAAACUAGUGUCUUAGAAAUGAUCGCCCAAGCUCGCAUAUUCCCUCGAGGGUCUGGGGAGAUGAUGACACGUUCCCCUGUUAAGGUAACCCUUAGUGAAGGUCCCCAUCAUGUGGCUUUAUUCAAAGACAGCUCUCGGGAGUUCGAUCUGACCAAGGAAGAAGAUCUUGCAGCUUUGAGGAAUGAAAUAGAAAUCAGAAUGAGAAAUAGUGUGAAAGAAGGAUGCACUGUUAGCACUGAGACCAUCUCCUUAAGUGUCAAAGGUCCUGGUUUGCAGAGAAUGGUGUUGGUUGAUUUACCCGGUGUCAUUAGUACUGUGACAUCGGGUAUGGCUCCAGAUACGAAAGAAACUAUCUUUAGUAUCAGCAAGGCCUAUAUGCAGAAUCCUAAUGCCAUCAUCCUCUGUAUUCAAGAUGGAUCAGUGGAUGCAGAACGCAGUAUUGUCACUGACUUGGUCAGUCAAAUGGAUCCCCAAGGAAAAAGGACAAUUUUUGUUUUGACUAAAGUUGAUCUUGCUGAGAAAAAUGUGACUAGCCCGAGCAGGAUCCAGCAAAUAAUUGAAGGCAAACUCUUCCCAAUGAAAGCUUUGGGUUAUUUUGCAGUUGUUACAGGAAAAGGAAACAGCAGUGAAAGUAUUGACUCUAUUAAAGAGUAUGAAGAGGAAUUUUUUCAAAAUUCAAAGCUCUUAAAGACGUCUAUGCUGAAGGCACACCAGGUAACAACAAAAAACUUAAGUCUUGCUGUGUCAGAUUGCUUCUGGAAAAUGGUGAGAGAGUCGGUGGAGCAGCAAGCAGAUGCUUUUAAAGCCACACGUUUUAAUCUGGAGACUGAAUGGAAGAACAACUACCCUCGAUUGCGAGAGCUUGACAGGAAUGAGUUGUUUGAAAAAGCCAAGAAUGAGAUCCUUGAUGAAGUCAUAAGUCUGACUCAGGUCACACCAAAGCACUGGGAAGAAAUUCUUCAGAAAACACUAUGGGAAAGAGUAUCUACUCAUGUGAUUGAGAAUAUCUACCUUCCAGCAGCACAGACUAUGAAUUCGGGGACAUUUAACACCACUGUGGACAUCAAGCUGAAGCAGUGGACUGACAAGCAACUGCCUAAUAAAGCAGUGGAGGUGGCAUGGGAGACUUUGCAAGAAGAAUUUUCCCGGUUCAUGACAGAACAAAAAGGAAAAGAGCACGAUGAUAUUUUUGAUAAACUGAAACAAGCUGUCAAAGAAGAAAGCAUUAAACGUCAUAGAUGGAAUGAAAGAGCAGAAGACAGCCUGCGAGUGAUCCAGCACAAUGCCUUAGAAGAUCGGUCCAUAUCUGAUAAGCAGCAGUGGGAUGCAGCUAUCCAUUUUAUGGAAGAGACCCUCCAAAGUCGUCUCAAAGACACUGAGUCUGUUAUUGAAGAUAUGGUGGGUCCGGACUGGAAGAAAAGGUGGCUAUACUGGAUAGGCCGCACAAAAGAGCAGCAUAUUCGUAACGAAACAAAAAAUGAACUUGAGAAAUUAAUCAAAUGCAGCGAAGAUCAUGCAGCUUAUCUGGCGAAUGAUGAAGUGACGACUGUCAGAAAGAAUCUUGAAGCAAGAGGAGUAACAGUGGACCCAUGUCUGAUUAAAGACACUUGGCAUCAAAUAUAUAGGAGAUAUUUCCUGAAGACUGCUUUGAGCCAUUGCAAUCUAUGUCGAAGAGGCUUCUAUUACUAUCAAAGGCACUUUGUGGACUCAGAGCUUGAAUGUAAUGAUAUUGUCCUCUUCUGGCGAAUACAGCGAAUGCUGGCCAUUACAGCAAAUACUCUGAGGCAGCAGCUUACUAACACUGAAGUAAGACGCUUAGAGAAGAAUGUAAAGGAAGUACUGGAAGACUUUGCUGAAGACAAUGAAAAAAAGGUUAAGCUACUAACUGGCAAAAGGGUCCAGCUGGCAGAGGAUCUCAAAAAAGUUCGGGAAAUCCAGGAAAAACUUGAAGCCUUCAUUGAAGCCCUCCAUCAAGAAAAGUAGAUUGUCAAACAGCAGCAAUCUUUCACAAGAAUGCAGCCUUUUCCAGGAUAUCUUGCACGAGAAAACCAAAUGAAAUGGCUUUUCUGUACCACUCUUACCUGUCUUUUGCAGAGCAUCCUGUUAUGUUCAAGGAGAAAGGAAAUAAUUUCUGAGAGGAUUAAGAAAUUUGAGUAAAACCCACCCACUCUUCUACUUCUUGAAGCUAGAUGUACAUGACAGAAGAAUCUGACUUGUGUCUUGCUGAAAUGUGGGAGAUUGCUGAAGCUGUACAGUUAGUCUUGGGGUUCUCUUUUUUCUUUUCAUGAGAGAAAGAAAGACUUUUCUUCAUGGCACCUGUUAUGUAUGGUGAGGCUGGAUCAGAUUCAUAAAGUGGUUUUAUCAGCAGUCAGUUUCUGCUCGCAGAUGAUCCUGUUAAUUUGACCUAGCUUUUUUAUUUGUAUAUACAUUAAAAUGCCCUUCUAAAUAAUACCAUUUGUAUUUGUUAUGCUGUGUGUUGAAGCAUUCUCUGAUCACUCUGGUACAGAUUUAUAAGCACGAUAUUGAAGAGUGAUCUUGAGAGGAAGUUGUGGAUUUUGUUAAAUUCUUAAAUUCUUGACAGACGUCAGCCGAGGAAUUCUUCAAGAGCUUUCAAGUGAAAGUACAGACUGCUUUUCAAUGACACCUUAAAAGGUCUGGCUCAGGAAAUAAUGUCAACAGCCGCUCCUUUUACUGAUUCUUUCCUAAUAUAUAUUGUUAUUCUGAAUCAUAACCUAUUACAUUUCAAUUUGAGCAUUGCACAGACUGAUUUCCUUGUCAACUCUUCCCUUCUCUUUAGUUGCAAUGUGAAGUGAUUGAGCGUGUGUGGAUUUUAGAAAGAUAUUCUGUACGAUUCCAACUUGUCCAAUCCCCAAAGCUUAAAGAAAAAGGCAAAGCUAUAUUCAUUUUCUAAUAGCUUUCAUAAGACCAAAAUUACUGUUUUAGAAAUGUUAUGCACCAGGUGCCUCCAUAGCCACAUGAUCACUGUUUAGGAUGGGAAAAAUAGUUUCCUUUUACUGUCUUUUAGUUAGUGUUGCCAUAGAAAUGUUGUUUCUGACAAAUUUUAAGCGUGAUUUAGGCACUCUGUCAUAGCUGCCUCGUGAUUUACCACCUCCAUAUUUUUAUAUCUACACUUUGCAACCAAUUGUGAUAAAACAAACUUCUAUUUAUCAAAUGAUCUGGAUACACUGCUGAAUACUUCUAUGAAGAUAGUAAACAAGUUUGUUUUGCAGUUGUCUGAUCAUGUAGAUGGAAAAAAAAGACAUAGGUUUCUUAUCCUCUUUGGAGAAAUGAUUUUGAAUUGCAAUUAAAAGAGAGAGGUCUGAACAUGUACUCGCACUUAGUGUUUCUGUUUACUCCAUUGAAAAUUUGGUAGUGUUUCCCAAACGUUCAGUUAAAAAUAUUUAGUCCAGUAAAUCAAAAGUUAACACAGAGCUACUCAUAAAAUGGUAUUGAAAGCUUAAAUACUUCAAGGUGAUCUAAAUGCAUGUUUGACAUUUUUUUCUAUUUAAAACCACUUUCUGAAAAUGAGUGUUUGAGGAUGGAAAAAUGAGAAUAUGGGUUCUGUUGUCAUUGUUAUCUGAAUGUGCAAAUUUGAGGGCAGAUUGAAUAGGUUGUAUAGCAAGUGAAAUAUAUCUG